AUGGCUCCCUCUCCGGCCCCUCACGACAGACCGUCGUUCCCUUCAGAUCUCGCUCCUGCGCCCUCUGCCCAGCAUGGAGCUUCUUCGCCUGCCGCUCAAAGGACUCUCGCCCCUCAGGGCACUCCGAACGCUGCCGCGCAUCGCUCAGGUAGCGGCAGCCCCAGGGGCGCCGCCCAGGCUCCCAAGUCUUCUCCUCCCAGCGCCUCUCGAGGUGGCGGCCCGCCGAAGAUCGUCGUUAAGAAGGAACCCAACUCCCCGGACCUGCCGAACACUCGACACAGGCCCCGUAAGUUGGAUCUCUCCAACAAGGGCGCGCACCCGGGCUCCAACACCCCUCAAACUGCGAGGCCCAUGACCGCUCGGGACAACCUGGGCAUCCAAGAGGUCGGCUUGGCCUGCCUCUCGCCCGGUUUCGUUACUCAGGACCCGAUUAUGAAGGAGCAGCUCCAGCGAAGUAUGAGCGUGAGAGAUCAGCAGCGCAUGAUCAUUGAGCAAAGGAUGCAGCAGUCGGCCAAGGGCGACGGCCCCGAUACCGCUGGCAAGGACCCCGUGUCGCAAUUCGCCGCCAAGACCCCGGGAUUGUCCCGCAGGAACAAGGCACAACUUUCCAUCCUGCCGCCCUCUGCCGAGUCGUUCGCCAACGAGCGCGUCAUUCAGUCUGCGCCCUUGGGACACUCCUUCACCGGACGCCAGCACCCGGCUCCUCUGACUCGCCACAUUGCGAACCAGCCCAACACCCUUUCCAACACCUCCCACAUUCACCACGUCCCCGCGAACCAGACGCAGAACCGUCUGCCUCCCAUCAGCGACGUCUUCGGACAGGUUUCUGGCCACCCCGAGAACGCUCCCAACUCCCUGUACCCGCAGCAGAGCGCGCGCCCCAUGGCUUCGCCCGGGCACCCACCCCAGCAGAUGCAGCACCCCCCGACUUCUGGUCGCCCGAGAGAGUACAAGUCCGCCGAGGAGGCGCAACACGACAUUGCCGGAGGCCGCCCCGAGCUGCUGCCCAAGAUUGUGCACUACGGCGGUGCUCACCAGCCCCCUACUCCUCCGUCCCCUGCCCCUGGCGGCAGAGCCGCAGACCCCAGCCGCAGCGCCAGCCGUCGCCGUACUCGCGCUGAGUACGAGGAUGGCAGCCCCCCUCUGGGCCACGGCCCCGCCGCUCAGAGGAGAGGCCCCUUCGGUGCCGGCCGCGACAGCCCUGAGACCCAGAAGCAGAAGCGGGAGGAGUUCCUGCGGAUAUGCGAGAGGGCCUGGGAUCUGUUCCACUCCUAA